UCUCGAAGCAAAUUACACAAAAUACCCACUACGUCUACACUAGUCCCGUCUAAUACCCAAAACCUUGAGCCUUCUUCAUCUUUAACCUUGGCAAUUCUAAACUUCUUUCCCCCCAGAAAUCUCUAAAAGAUGGUGCUAAUCGAACAAGCGAACGACGAACCUGCUCCAGCAUCAGAGAUCAUCCACAAGAAACUCGAUUCAGAACCUGAAACGAGUUCCAUCAACAACAAAGACGAAACGGAUGGUUUCGAAACGGCUAGCGAAGGUGAUCAUUCUGAUAGAGGUGCCGACUUUGGCGACGACGAUAAUGGUGAUGACGAACAAAAACAACAAGAAGAAAAAUCUGCGCCAUUGACGGCUGUUAAGGAUGAUUCUUAUGAAGAUGCUCUUGAUGAUUAUCAAUUGAAACAGAGGGCGCUAGCGCAAGCUAAUGAAGCAAAAGUAGAAGGAAAUAUGUUGUUUAAAGAUGGUCAGUUUGAGGAUGCAUUGUCCAAGUAUGAGUCUGCCCUGCAAGUUGCUCCAGAAAUGCCAGAAUCAGUGGAGCUACGCUCCAUAUGCCAUUCAAACCGUGGAAUAUGCUACUUGAAACUGGGAAAGUAUGACGAGACAGUCAAGGAAUGUUCAAAAGCUAUAGAACUAAAUCCAGCAUAUGUCAAAGUUCUUCUUAGGAGAGGAGAGGCUUAUGAAAAGCUUGAACGAUAUGAAGAAGCUAUCUCUGAUAUGAAAAAAAUAUUGGAAGUUGAAGCUUCAAAUGAACAGGCUAGGAGGAAUAUUGUUCGAAUGGAGCCAUUAGCCCGAGAAAAGGCGGAAAAGAUGAAGGAAGAAAUGAUUGGGAAGCUCAAGGAAAUGGGCAACAAUGUACUUGGCCGGUUUGGAAUGAGCGUUGACAACUUCAAAGCUGUGAAAGAUCCUAAUACUGGUUCUUACUCAAUUUCAUUUCAACGCUAGUAUACUUGAUGGAUGGAUAUCUACAGUUCGUUAGAUUUAGACUGAUGCAGCUUGAAACUUAAGGGUUUAAUAGACCAUUUGCUGAUGAUGGUGGAAGAUUUUCACGCAGUUGGUGAUGUGAUGUCCCCUGAUAGCUAAGAAAAAGGAACACAUUUUUCUAUCCAAUUCCUUUUGAGUUAGCUUGAAAAUUGCUAGUUGUGAUAUCAUAUGUGAAUGCCGAUAUAGUAUUGGGUCUAUUGGCUGAAAAGCUGUUUUUAGUCCUUGUUCCAUAGGCUGUAGGUGGCUUUGGUUGUUGGGCAUUUAGCAAGAACCGUUGCAUAAUACAGGGUCUAAAAUCUAAAUGUUGUUUAUCAGCAAAUGUUGUUGUGGUUGCCA